UGAUUUUGGUGCUCGGUCCCCGCUGAGCGUUCGCGGCUGCUGCUUGCCUGCCAUUCAAUUGAAUUGGAUCGACUGCGCCACGCACUUGGGUUUCUUGCUCUAUAAAUUUAUGGAGGGCUACACUUGCAAUACGAUUCCACUGUUGCACUUGAGAUUCCGUACAACCUUGUACUCUAGAUUCCAUACAACCUUGCACUACUUUGUACUCGAUAAGUAGCCGCGCGGCCAUCAUGUUGUUCAACUUGCCUCGGACUUUUGCUUUGGCGCUUGCUACUGGAGGUGUUGCAAGUGCUGCGACCCUUGAGCAGUGGCGCUCAAGAUCGAUAUACCAAGUCCUCACUGAUCGGUUUGCACGAUCUGAUAUCAGCACCACUGCCAAAUGCAACACCACGGCAGGCGAGUACUGCGGUGGAACGUACCGCGGUAUCAUACGCAAACUGGAUUAUAUCCAGGACAUGGGAUUUUCAGCCAUCUGGAUAUCUCCCGUCACGUACAACAUCCCUGAGAAAACCAAAUUCGGCUAUGCGUGGCAUGGUUACUGGCAGCAAGAUCUGUAUCGCUUGAAUGAUCACUUUGGUUCGGCACAGGAUCUAAAGGCGCUUAGCAGGGCCUUGCAUGCUCGUGGCAUGUAUCUCAUGGUUGAUGUUGUGACGAACCACAAUGGCUGGAACGGGCCAGCAGACAGCGUAGACUAUUCUUCCUAUCGCCCGUUCAACGACCAGAAAUACUACCACGAACCGUGUGCGAUCACGGAUUACACGAAUCAGUCAAUUGUGGAAGAUUGUUGGCUCGGCGACUCGACUGUGCCACUGCCUGAUCUCAAGACGGAGGAUUCCACCGUUCGCAAAAUGUACAACACGUGGAUCGCACAGCUGGUGUCAAACUACUCCAUCGACGGCCUGCGAAUCGACACAGUCAAAUAUGUCGAUCAACCCUUCUGGUCGUCCUUCCAGCGCGCCGCAGGCAUCUUCGCAACCGGCGAAGUCCUCUCCUCAAACAUAACCUUCGCCUGCGACUACCAAAACCAGCUCUCCUCGGUCCUCCACUACCCCUUCUACUACGCCGUCAUCGACUUCCUCAACUCGACAACCGGCACAACCGCGCCUCUCCUCUCGGCGGCCGCAACCUUCAAAUCCAGCUGCAAAGACCCCUCGGUCCUAACCACCUUCACCGAGAACCACGACCUCCCCCGCAUAGCGAGCCAAACCCCGGACCUCUCGCUCGCUACAAACGCACUCGCCCUGACCCUCCUCUGGGACGGCAUCCCAACCGUCUACGCAGGCCAGGAACAGCACUACGCCGGCUACGCGGACCCGGACAACCGCGAAGCAACAUGGCUGUCCGGCUACGACCGCGAGUCGGAGCUGUACAACGUCGUGCGGGUCCUGAACCGCGUGCGCAGCCGCGCGCUCGCCCUCGACCCGCGCUACGCCACGUACAACAUCUGGCCGUUGUACAGCGACGCGCAUACCGUCGUGUUCCGGAAAGGGUUUCCAGGCGCCAACAUCGUGUCCGUGUUCUCAAACACAGGAAGCGAGUCUGCGUCUCUGUCGUUUAACAUCUCGUCUUCGGCCGCGGGGUGGAAACCCGGCGCUGAGAUCUUGGAAGUCCUGACUUGUACCAAGUUUGUUGUGCCGGCUGAUGGCGUCGUCGUUGUGCAGGUGGAGCGUGGGAUGCCGAAAGUUUUCUUCCCGCUUGCGUCCGCGGUUGGGGAUUUGAGUAUUUGUCGCGUUGUUCAUCCUGGGGGGAAGGGGAGUGGUGCAAAGGGGGCUUCUGGGACGACGGGGGCUGCCGGGGCGCUGCCGGGUGAGACCGGGCGCAGUGUUGCGAGGCCUGGGGGGAUAGGCGGUUGGGGGAAGAAGAAGAAGGCCGUGGCUGUUGCGGGGGUCAUGGCUUAUGAGAUGUUGGGCGCGUAGGUGUUUUUGUUUUCUCUCGCUUUCUUCUUUGCUUCCAGUUGUUCUUCUCUGCAGUUAUCUAUACAUUCCCUGCACACCCUUGCAUCAUGGAUAAGUUGCAAGGGUUAUAGCUUAUAAGUUAUUAGCUAUAUAGAUUUUUUUAUCUCUUGCCUUACUCUUUGCCUUAAGUUGUUCUUGUUAGUACACAUCUAUACAUUCCCUAUGAACCUUUGCGUUGUAGACGGGCUGCAGGUGUCAUAGUCUAUAAAAUAUUAGCCACGUAGGUGUUUUUAAUCUCUUGCCUUCUUCUUUGCUUUAUGUUGUUCUUAUACAUCUUCUGCAAAUCUUUGCGCAGUAGACGGGUUGUAAAGAUUAUAGCUUAUAAAAUGUUCGCCACGAAGGUGUUUCUAAUCUCUUGCCGUCUUCUUUGCUUCAGAUUUUUUUUAGUAGUUAUCUAUACAUCUCCUGCUCGUUUUUUUUUUUGAUCUUUUUAUCGUUGUAACCCAUCGCUGUGUGUAUGAUCACCUAAACUCCCACUAAAAAAACCAAAAUAAAAAUACAUCUCCUGCAAACCUUUGCAUCAUAGACAGACUGGUGGACCAUAGCUUACAGGAUACUAGCCACGUAGUUGUUCUUGGUCUCUUGCCUUCGUCUUUGCUCCUAGUUGUUCUUGUUCGUAGUCGUCUAUACUUAUCCUGCAAGCCUUUGCCUUGUAGAUGGUUUUCUUUGAGAGGAGGCGUGUAUCUUUUCUUAUUCGUCUCUGUUGGGCGGGUUGUUCGGUACCUAUACAUAUUAAUGUAUAUGUGUCUUCGCGAAUAUCAAUU